AUGAUUUUACACAGUAGGAAGAGAAAAAACUAUGAAAAGGCUGAAAACAGAAAAGAAAAAACAAUUGAUAAAGAGAUUAUUUAUGAACAAAUUUUUUCUACUCCAAAAAAAAAUAAACCAAGAUGUUUAGUGGCAGCUGAUAAUAAAAAUAAUUUAUUAAAUUAUUUUACGUCCAUUUUAAAUUUUGAAAAUGAUGAGAAAGAAUUUAAAAAAAAGUGGUAUAUUCAUUUAUAUAAAAUAUGUUUAUAUAAUGAGAGAUUAUAUGUAAAUAAUAACAAAGAUAAAAAUUCAGAUAAAGAAUCUUCAGAUUAUAAUAUAGAAGAGGUUUUAACUAAGCUGCAAUAUUUAAUAGAAAGGAAACUAGACUGCGAGAACUUAUAUUAUCAAAAAAUAUUAAUAACUAUCUGCUUAUUAUUUGACUAUUUUCAAAAUAAAAAAAAUACGAAUAUAAAAAAACUUAAAAGCUUAGAAGAAAAUGAAGAAAAAAGAAAGAUAGAAAGUUGUUAUGACAUGACGUCAAAACAGAACAAAGAAUCCAAAAAAAGAUCAUUAACAUCAGCUGUUUAUUCUAACAAUAUUGAUGAUGAUGAUGAAACACAUAAAGAAGAAAUAGAAAACGUUAAAAAUAAAGAAGAAAUUAAAAAAGAAAAGGAAGAUUUGAAUUUUCAUAAAAAUUAUUAUAUAAUAGAAUUUAAAAAUAUAUUAUAUAAUGAAAAGAAAAAAUUUAAUAAUUUAGAAAUUUUCUAUCAUAUAACCAAUUUUAUUAUACAUAAAUAUUGGUAUUCGCAGGAAUAUUCUCAUUAUAAUAUUUUCAUUUGGUUUCUAAAUUAUAUGAACAGUAAAUUAGACGUUAAAAAAGCAAUAAGUAAGAUAAACGAACAUUUAGAAGUUUUUAUUAAUUUGCAUCCCAAAGUUUUUAAUAUUUCUCAUGCUAAAAAAAAAAGAAAAAAAAAUGUCCAGUAUCAUAAUACUAGUAGUAGUCAUUAUUUUGAAAAUGGUGUUUUAGAUUAUCCAUUUGUUAAAAAUAGAUUUAAGCAAACAGGAGGAGGAUUUUCUGAUUUAGCUGAUUUAGAGAAAAAAAAUAAGCAAAAUAUUGAAAAUUUGAAUAAAAUAAAUAAUUUUAGUAAUUUUCAGAGUUCUACUAAUUCCUUUUUUAAUAAUACUAUGACAAAUAUGAAAAAUGCUAAUAAUUCCUCAUUAAAUAAUUUUAAUUCUUCAUUUAAAGGAUUUGAUCAGAACAAUAAUAUAUUUAAUAAUAAAAAUACAGAAAAUAGUUUAUUUAAAAAAAAUAUUAAUUCUAGUUCUUUAUUUGGAAAUACAUUAAAUAAUAAUCAGUCAAAUAAUAACUUAAUACCAAAUUAUAGAGCAGGGUUUUCUAAUGAUUUAAAUGCACAAAAUAUGAACAAUUUUAACUUAUCAAUGAACAAGACAAAUAAUGUUUCUCCAGCAAAUAUUUUUAAUGUUAAGAAUAACUUAAAUAAUAAUUUAGAGAAUAGUGCUAAUUCUAACCUUAAUUUAUUAGACAAUUCACAGAAUAAAAAUGUAAGCAUUUUCGGGUUGAAAAAUAACACUAGUUUAAAUAUAUCAAAUGUAAAUGCAUCUAAUAAUAAUUUUUUUGGCUUUAAUAAAACUGGUUUUAAUACGUUAUUUGGAAAUGCUAGUAACAAUGAUAAAAAUAUUUACUCUCUUAAUAAUAGUCAGAAAAAUAGUAUUUUUGAAAAUAAGCAAAUAAACAGUUUAGAUAAAAAUAAAGAUUUAUUAAAUGCUUCUCAAUCAAAUACUACUACUUCAAUUUUUAGUCCAAAAAAUAAAGAGGAAACACCUUUUUCAUUAUUAUCAGGAAAUAGAAUAAAUAGUAAUAUGAAUAAUUCUAGCAUUUCAUUAAAUUCCAAAUCAAUUUUUGAUAAUAAUGUGAAUACUUCAAAACCAAAUAUUUUUUCAAAUAGCAAAACAGAUGAUUCAAUUUUUAGCAAAAACAGUUCAGGUCAUGUAAAUAUUUUUGGGAAUCAAAUGAAUGGAAUGCAACAAAGUCCAUUUAGUAAAUCAACAAGCAAUUAUAAUAAUAAUAAUAUAUUAAAUACAAAUAACAAUAAUUUAUCGAAUAAUUUAAAUAAUAAUAUGAGCAAUAAUUUAUCUCAAGUUAAUUCAACAACUCAAUCUUUUAACCCUCUAAACAAAGCACAAAAUGAAAACCAACUUGCUACCCUUUUUAAUAAUGAAAAUGGUUCAAAAGAAUUAUUUAAAGACUUAAAGUUUUCUAAUGAUAAUGGACCAAAAUUUAGCGUUAAUAAAAAACCUUUAUUUUCUAGAAGAACAAAAAAUACUCUUUUAUCUUCUAAUACUCUAAAUCAAGAGAAUAAUAUAUUUAGUUCUUCAUAUAUAAGUAAAGAUAAUUUAUUAAAUAGUCAAGAUAAACCACUUAAAGUAAUAUUCGGACAAAAUAAUAAUAAUAAUAAUAACAUAUCUUCUACAAAUAAUACUAUAUUCAGUACACCAUCAAAUAAUAAUAUAUCUGGUAAUACAAAUAAAAAUAUAUUUAAUCAAAAUUGUAAUAUGUUAAAAAGUACAAAUCAAAGUAUUUUUGGUACAAUAACAAAUAAUAGUAGCAAUAACAAUAAUAGUCAUUUUGGAAAUAAUAUUUUUUUUAAUGGAAAUGACAUUAAUAAAGGUGAAAUUAAUAAAUCACAAAAUUUAAGUAUUCCUGUAAAAAAAUUAACAUUAGAAGAAAGAAAAAAAAAAACAAUUAAAAAUAAUAUGCUAUCAUUAUUUUCAAAUAACAAUAAUUCAAAUGAUUCCCAUAAUGUAGAUUCAUCAUUGGCAACCACUUCAAAAAAUAUUAUAAGUGCAAAUAACACUAAUAGCUCAUCUCUUUUUAAUUUUAAUCCAUCGAAUAAUAAUACUAUGACUUUAUUCAAUUUAAAUAAAAAUGACAAUUUUAAUACAAAUAAUAAACAACAAAAUACAAAUGAUAGCAAAAUAAUAUUUGGAUCUAACAAUAAUUUGUUAGGAUGCCAAAAGAACAAAAAUAAUGAUAACGAAAAAAAUAUAUUAUCUAACAAUUCUGAAAAUAAUAAUAUAAAAAACAAUUUAUUUCUUGGUAAAACAUUUAAAGAAGAAACAGAGAAAGAAAAAAUUAAAGAGAAAGAAAAAGAUAAUAAUUGUGAACUUAAAACAAAGAAUAUAUUUGGAUUUGUUGAAAAAGAUCAAAAAAAAAGUAAUACAAGAAUAGAUACAAAAACUCUCUUAAUGAAUAUAGAUAAAGAUUCUCCUAAUUAUAAACUCAAAAACAACAAAUUAGAACAAAAUGGUGAUUCAUUAUCAAAAGAUGAUAAAAAUACUUUUAAAGGAUUUAAUAAUAUACAUCAGAAUGACUCUGAAACAAAUGUUAAAAAGAUAAAAGAUGAUGAAAAAGAUAAAAGUAAAACAUCAAUUUUUGGUCUUAAUAAUAAAGAGGAAGAAAAAAAUAAAACAUCAAUUUUUGGUAUUAAUAAUAAAGAGGAAGAAAAAAAUAAAACAUCAAUUUUUGGUCUUAAUAAAGAAGAAAAAGAAAAGGAUAAUAAAACAUCAAUUUUUGGUUUUAAUAAUAAAGAGGAAGAAAAAAAUAAAACAUCAAUUUUUGGUCUUAAUAAUAAAGAGGAAGAGAAAAAUAAAACAUCAAUUUUUGGUCUUAAUAAAGAAGAAAAAGAAAAGGAUAAUAAAACAUCAAUUUUUGGUUUUAAUAAUAAAGAGGAAGAGAAAAAUAAAACAUCAAUUUUUGGUGUUAAUAAUAAAGAGGAAGAGAAAAAUAAAACAUCAAUUUUUGGUGUUAAUAAUAAAGAGGAAGAAAAAAAUAAAACAUCAAUUUUUGGUCUUAAUAAUAAUAAAGAAGAAAAGGAUAAUAAAACAUCAAUUUUUGGUCUUAAUAAAGAAGAAAAAGAAAAGGAUAAUAAAACAUCAAUUUUUGGUUUUAAUAAAGAAGAAAAAGAAAAGGAUAAUAAAACAUCAAUUUUUGGUCUUAAUAACAAAGAGGAAGAAAAAAAUAAAACAUCAAUUUUUGGUCUUAAUAAAGAAGAAAAAGAAAAUUAUAUUUCUAAAUCUGAUGAAAGUUUAUUUGCAAUGAAUAACAAUAAUAAUGUUACUUUAAAUAUGAAAGACUUAGAUGAAAAUAAGACAAGAGAUAAUAUAAAUUAUGAUGAUGUAAAAAAUAGAAAACGAAGGAGAAAUUUUGAUAUUGAUGAAGUGGAUAAUGCCUUUAUUAAUGAUGAAAAGAAAGACAAAAUUGUUAACUCAGAAACAAUAUUAUUUGACAAAGAAUCAAAAUUAAAUGAAAAAAGUGAUUUAAAAGAAUUAAAUACAAAAAAUUUAAAUGAUAAUAAUAUUCAAUCUAAUGAUAAAAAUAUGAAUAACGAUGAAAAUAUAUUUUUUAAAAAAAGUAGAAUUGGUAAUGCAUUAAAUGAUGCUAAAAAUAUAUUAAACACAUUAAAAUUUAACAGUUUAUCUAGUAAUGAUAUAAAUAAUGACACUUUUAGCGAAAAUAAAAAAAAUGAGUUAAUGAAUGAAAAAAGCUUAACAACUAAGGAUACUAAUUUAACUGGAAUAAAUGUUUUAAAUGCAAAUGAUGAAACACAUAAAGAUAUAUAUAAUACAAUUUUAAGUAAUGAUGAUAAAUGUUUUAAUAAUAAUAAAAUCAAUAAUCUUAAAAAUAAUGAUUUUAAUUUAAAACAAAAUCCAAUCGAAGAUUUCAAUUGCACGAAGAAAAAUGUAAAUAUAGAAAAAAUGAAGGAGAGUUCUAUUAAUAAUAACUUAAAUUUAAAAAAUCUAGAAAGUAACAAAAUAGAAACAGAGAAAAGUACUAUGUUACAAGUGAACUGUAAUUUAAAAAAUCAUAUCAACGAAAACAUGAUAAAUAUAAAUCAAAAGGAGAAAACAUAUCAGGAAAAUGAAAUGAAUAAAAUUAGAGUUAUGAAAAGACAAAGAGAAGAUAUAUUAGAUGAUGAUGAAAAAAUACUUAUGCAUGAAUAUUUAAUACACGAAAAAAGUAGUUUGAACGAUAUAAAAAAUGCAAGAAAGGAAAAUAUUUUUACUUACAAAAAAACUAUUGAUAGAAUAGUUGAAUAUAACAAAAAAAUUUCUUUUGAUAACAUUGAAGUAGAUUUAGAUAAAGAUAUGUUAGAUAUACAAGAUUUAAAACAAAAUUUAUUAUUAUGUGCUUUGAAUUUUCAUUUGAAUUAUUGGGCAGAAAAAGUUAUUUUAUUUUAUCCACAUAAUGAAAAAAUAAACAAAUUUUGCAACAAAUUAAUUAAAAUUAAAAAUGAAUUUGAUGAAACAUAUAAUUUCACCUUAUUUGAGCAAAUACAUGAAUUAUCAAAAAAAUUAUUAAAAUCUUUAGAUAAAAAUUGUUGUAUUUAUGAAAGUGUUUUGUUUUUAUCAACAGAAAACAUAAAUGUGUUAAAAAAUGUGAAACUUUCCUUAUUUGACGCAUUUAACAUUUAUCAUUUUUGGUAUCAAAAAAAUAGUGGUGAUAUAAAAAAAAAUUUUCAGAAUUUUAUGUAUACUAAUAAAAUUUAUCCUUGUUACAUAAAUUAUUAUAUGGAUUUAUAUAAAAAUAAUAAAUCUUUUAAUUAUAAAUAUUCAGAUUUAAAGCAAAAAUUUAAUCAAGAAAAAAGUAAAAAGAGAAAAAAAAAAAAAAACACAAAAAUCAAUGUAUUCUCUUUAUAUUCAUCUCCAAGUUUUCAUAAUGAUUAUUAUACACCAUAUUCAAAUUAUAAAUCAGUUAUAACAAAUUUAAAACGUAAGAAAAAAAUAAUAGAACAAUCUAAAAAUGAUUUUUCUUAUUAUAGUAAUGUAAGUUGUGAUAUAUACAAAAAUAAUAAUAAAGAUAAAAAACGAAGAUAUGAUGGAAAUAUAGGGAAUAAAAAAGAUGAAGAUGAACUUGAAGAAAAAAAGGAAAAUGAGUAUAAGAAUAUUGAUGAACAUGAAAAUAAAGAAGAAGAAGAAGAAAAAGAAGAAGAAGAGGAAGAAGAGGAUGAAGAAGAAGAAGAAGAGGAAGAAGAGGAAGAAGAAGAAGAAGAAGAAGAGGAAGAAGAAGAAGAAGAAGAGGAAGAAGAAGAAGAAGAGGAUGAAGAUGAACAACCAAAAAAUAAAGAUAAAAAGAAAAAAACAGAUGAAGAUGAAAUUCAUUUAAAAGAAAAUAGUUUAAUAAAUGUUUUAAAUUCUAAUAGUAGUGAUAUAUCUGAUGUAUUAGAUAAUAAUUACAAAGAUGAACCAUUGAAUAUAAAUAUAAAAGAAAAGUACAUAUAUUUUGCAAAAGUGAAAAGUAGAAAAAGUAAAUUUCAAUUACCUUCUCAUAUAAAAAUAAAAAAGCUAAGUGUUUGUGAAUGUAUCCUAUUAGAACUAAUGUUAAAAAAUAAUAUUUUAAAUGUAUUAAAAAAAUAUAAAAUUUUUAAAAUGGAAAAAUAUGAGUAUUUGUAUAUUAAUUUAUUAGCAAUGUUAAAGCAUUAUAACUAUUUUACAAUGGAUAAAGUAGAAAAUGUGAAUGAUAAGAAGAAAACAAAUAAUUUUUCAAAUUUGAAUGAAACAGAUAAUAAUGUGAAAAAAAGUGUUGAUAAUUUGGAAGUAAAUUCUAUGAAUUCAAAAAAUGAGAAAAUUAAUAUUUUAAAGAAACUUUGUGAUAAAAAUUUGUUAUAUUAUUUAAAUAUUCAAUUAAAGAAUAUAUCUCACUUAAUGACUUAUAAUGAAAUUGAAAUAGCAUGUGCUUUUUUAAAUCACAUAAAAAACAAUUUAUAUGUUAUGUUUCAAAUGCCUAUAUUAUUAUUUAAUGUAUUAUUUGACAAAAUUAUACAUUCUUAUAAUGAUUAUAUUAUUUUAGAAAAAUUUUUUAAUAAUUCCUAUUUAUUUAAUGAUUUCAGAUAUGAAUAUAUUUUUAAAACAAAAAUAGCCUAUAUGCUUUUCAAAAAGUUUUAUUCCAUGAAUGACAUAGAAAAUUCGAUAAAAUUUGCUUUAUAUUUUGAACGUUACAGGGCAAAAGCACAAAAAAAUAAUAUAUAUAAUGAUUAUAUAUUUCAUAAAAAUCUAAUUAACUCAUAUAUACAAAUUCAUGAAAAUAUAAUCCCAUCAGAAUGGAUAAAUUUACAAAAAUCCAAUGGGGAAUUAAAUAAUUUAAAUGAUUCAGAAUAUUUAGAUUAUUAUUCAUUCUUUUUUAAAGACAUAUCAAAAUAUAUAAAAUUUAAUAUUAUAGAAAAAAUAAUAAGCUUUAAUAUUUUUAGUUUACACAAAGAAGAUUAUAAUACUAAAAUUAAAGCAAGUGUUAAUAAUGAAGAAAGAAAAUUUUCAUGUUAUUUUCUUUAUAUGGUUAAUAAAUCUCUUUUAGAUGAUAUAGUUAAUAUAUAUUCAUUGAAAGGAGAAUAUUUUUAUAAAAGAAUUUCAACUAGUUUGAUAAAUCAUACAUUAGUAAAAGAUUAUGAGAAAAUUCAUAACAAACACUUUCAUUUAUUUGUUCAAGUGGCAGAUAUAAAUGAUUUUAUGAAAAUACACUUUUUUGAAUACAUUAAUUUCUUUAAGAAAAAAGAACUUUAUCAUAUAGAUAAAACAAAAAAUGAGGAUCAAAUCAUGGAUAACUUAGUUAAUGUAAUAAAAGUAAAUGGUAAAAAAGUAAAUGAAGUAAUUAAUACACUAGUAGAAAUAAUAAUGAAAAUAGAAAAAAAAAUUAUAAAUGAUAUUAAUAUUUACAUAAUUAUAAAUUUGAGAAAUGUAAUCAUAGAUACUUUAUAUUUAUUUAAAUAUAUUUUCAAUAACAAAGAAUUUUCAUUAAAUAUUGUUGAAGAUUUAUAUAGAAAUUUAUUAGAAUUUAAUAAUAUUAUAUAUUCCACUUUUUCUGAUGAUUCUCAUAUUUAUCCGAAAGAACAAAUCAAAAAAUUGUUUACAUCUAUAAAGCAUAAAUUUACUAAUCAGCAUUUAAUAAAUUGA